AUUACUAUUAGAAUUACUUUUGCCAUGUCCUAACUUUAGUGUAAACAUCGGUCAGCAGUUGACGUCGAAGGAAUUUGUUAGUUGCAUUUAUCAGCCACCUUUCUGAUAUCAUGCAGAGAGAAGAAAGAGCUCUGGAUGCAGCACUUGAUGCCAUUCUCCAGCGUGUGAUUGACAUCAAGAGCUCCUUGCAGGAACUGAUGCUCAAAAUUGAGAGGGAAGGAGAGCAGGCAGACUGGCCUUCCUACCUGGAUGCCUUUUCUGUUAUCUCUGCUCAGAUAUAUACACUAAUGAAAUUGCUGAAAAAUGAAAAGACUCCUUUAUUGAGAAACUACCUAACCCUUCCACUACAACUGAAUGCUGAUCCUGAUGACAAGCUCUUGGUGGCUACAGAGGGAAGAGUGCCAUCUUUCAGUCAUGAUUUUGUCCCAAAUAUGUUGAGAACAAAACCAGAGCCUGAUGUAGAAAAGCGGCAUCUGACCCUUGAGGCAAAGAUGGCCCAGAUUAACAGUGAUACAGCACAAAAACAAAUCAAUGUCCACAACAAGGUAGUAAAACAUGUUAUGGACCUUGUGAACACUGCAAGGGAAGAAUGGGAAACUGAAACUGCAUCACGCACGAAUCAGCCUCAGACAUGCUCUAACAGUGAGACUGAGGUACUUCUUGCUGCUCUUGGCACAGGAAAGGGUAUAAAAAUGAUGCCAGGAAGAGCCCCUCCUCCAGGACCAUCACCGACAAUACCUCAGCAACCUCCUCCUCAGAUGCCAAAUACAAGCAAGGCUGUUAGUUCAGUGAAGACUAACAUCAAGGCUGCGUCUGCUAUGAAUCCCUAUGGUCGAUGAAAAUAAGCGAAAUCUUUGCUUCAUAAUGUCUUCCUAUUUUAUUCAGAAAGUUCUUCAGUGAUUGUUGUAUUCCUGGAGAGAAUAAAGCAUUCUUUGAAAUAAUAUAACAAUAUCUGUGUGCAAAACCUACUAUACACUGAUUUACCCAUGAUAUAUAUAUAUAUAUAUAUAUAUAUAUAUAUAUAUAUAUAUAUAUAUAUAUAUAUAUAUAUAUAUAUAUAUAUAUACACACACACACACACACACACACACAUUGUAAGAGGCAUAUAUAAGGGCCUCUAAACAUUGGUGACAGGGAGUAGUAAAAGCUUGGUGGCUUAAAAACCCUUUAUUGAGAAGAGUUCAGCACACGAGUGGAUAGACACAACGACAAGUCUUGGGUUUAGCGCGAGGUCGCCCAAGGUCACUGGCGAGCUCAGCCUAGAGGGCAGACCGUCCGCGAGGGUCGGUGUGUGUGACCUCGGGCCCGGCAAAGUACACUCUCACUUGACCAGUAUAUUGCUCGGCCACAUACUCACAGCUUAUCCUCGAGGGCGACCCAACCUGGCUGGUUCCAACUUGCUCGUCCUCGAUCUCGGGUGCGGUAUCCUUGGUGCAUCUCCGUGGCUGCUCGUUCUGUGUCGUCAUCCUCGCUCUGGUCCCUGGGAAUCCGUUCCUCCUCGACUGAUCUCGCGCAGGUCCUCGCCCAGACAUCCUCGUAGCCCGCGUACAGGUCAAACUCGGCGGCUUAUUCGCCCAAUGCACGUCUCGCAGAUCUCCGUCCAGGUCCUUCUCGGCUGCGCGCUUGUACAGACGUCCUCGUAAUCUUCGUCAGGAUCUAUGGGCGUCCAGCAGGAAGCGUCCACUUCGACAUCGUAGGGCGGCUGAUACCUGCACUAAUGAGCUCCUGGAGUUUGAUGGCAUCCAGGCAGGCCUGUCCACAGCAUCAUAGGAUGGCGAACCCCUACUGGCGAGCUCCUGCUUCCGCUGGAUCUCGGGUGUCCUGGCGAGCGGCGAUCUCCGAUGACGCUUUCUAAUGGCUUCCGGAGGUGACCGUUUCUGCAGCAGGGCCUCCUUCGGUGCCGUUUCAGAUAUCGGGAACCAGAAUAACACAUAAUGGGCCAGAUAGUGAGAGAAGGAAAAACGACAGAGAAGAGGUGUUAAAUGCUACAAGCCGAUUUUUUGUUUCAUAAUUUGCAGUUUUUAAAGUUGAAUUUUCGUUAUUUUUGUCUUUUUUUUCAUUUUGUGUUUUGUGUUCACAAAGUUUAA